AUGGGUCUAAAGAGAAGACAACUGAGAAAGCUCCCAAGUACAAACAAAGUCUCGAAAGACACUUCUUCCACAACUGUGCAACCACAAGCCAAUUGGACCAUUUUCUAUGAGACUGUGGGUCUAGGACAUGAAAUUAAAACCAAAGUUGAUGUAUCUUCAGGAUCAGAUAUCAGCGAGCUCAAGGAG